UAAAAUUGAUGCUCGAUUAUAUUCACAUGCCAGGCUCGAUCAGGCGGUCAGCUGUUCUUCACGUCGGUUCAUCCGAAUCUUGUGCUUCAAAUUCCUAAGAACUCAAGAAUGGCUUCCCAUCUCUACUGUCACCAUUUCUCUCAAAAACUCUCAUUUUCCUCAUUUCUUCCUAAGACAAAUUCCUCAUUUACCCUUCUACCCACCAUUUCCUUACGCUACCCCUGUCGGCCCUUCGCCGUUUCAGUCUCCUCUCACGGCGACGGUGGCGGAGGAAGUGGCACUAUCAGCUUCACUUGGGAUGAUGUGUCUCGAGUCUCAAAUUCGCCUGGAAACGACUCUUCUGACCUACAAGGCUUCUUCGAUAAGGUCAAACUCUGCAAUCGCAAUUCCGAAAAGAAAAAUGAAUUCAUGCCAUUUGUUAUGGAGAAUCAAAUAGUUGGCUAUGUUCACAAUGGGUUUGCUGAUCAUCUGAGGGCAUUUAGAAAUGUGUUUGUGUUCCCCAAAGAUAAUUCUUAUGGCACCCAUUUCGGGUGCCAUGUUACAUUACAUCCGGUGCUUAAGACACCGGAGGAUAGGACUGCUGCUUUUGCUGAAGUGGUCAAGUCUUUAGGGGAAGAACUGAUUCCAGGUAUACGGAAUGAGCUAUAUCCAGUAGUGUCAUCUUUUGGUUCAUCAAUAUUUUUUUCAAUGGAAAGAGCAGCAGCACCAUACUUUGGGAUAAAGGCUUAUGGAGUUCAUAUGAAUGGCUAUGUUGAAAGCAAUGGGCAGAAAUUUCUAUGGAUAGGGAGGAGAAGUGAAAAGAAAUCAACAUAUCCUGGAAUGCUUGAUCAUCUAGUUGCUGGAGGACUGCCACAUGGGAUUUCUUGUGGAGAGAAUCUUGUGAAAGAAUGCAAAGAAGAAGCCAGGAUUCCAGAAUCUUUUUCCACCCAGGCUAUACCAGUAGGGGCUGUGUCAUACAUGGACAUAAAUAGAUAUAGAUUCAAGAGAGAUGUCCUCUUUUGCUAUGAUCUUAAGCUUCCCGAAAGCUUUAUUCCUAGUAAUGAAGGGAUUGUAAGCUUAUAUGUUUUCUUCAUUGUUGCACUUACAGACGGGGAGGUCGAAAGCUUUAGAUUGGUCCCCAUCUCUGAAGUUGCAAAUAUAAUCAGGAGGACUUCAUUUUUCAAAGCAAACUGCAAUGUUGUUAUAAUUGAUUUCCUUAUCCGGCAUGGGUACAUAAAGCCCGAAGAUUUCGGGUAUUUAGAGCUACUGCAGAGUUUGAGAAGUGGAGAUUGCCUAAUUUAACUACAUCAGUCUGUUUUUUUUUUUUUUUUUGGUUUGUCACUCAUUUUUUGAACAAUGGUAGUUGAGUUAUUUCCAGUUUUCUGAGAGGGACAUUUUUUGACAUGAUAAUAAUAAUACUUUAACUGUUUAAAACA